AUGGGAAAAUCAAAACCUGGAUAUUAUGCUGUUCGUGUAGGAAGAAGACAAGGGAUCUAUUUAACUUGGGAAGAUUGUAGGUCGCAAGUUAAUAGAUUCUCAAAUGCAAAAUAUAAAAAAUUUGAUUACAAAGAUCAAGCAGAACAAUAUAUUAAAGGAGAAAAAGAAAUAAUUAAUAUUGAUUCAAAUACUCUUCAAGUUUGGACAGAUGGAAGUGCAUUUGAUAAUGGAAGUAAUAAUGCUCGAGCAGAAAUAUUUGCUGUAAUUAGAGCAUUAGAGGUUUGUGAAGAUAAAAGAAAGAAAUUAGAGAUAAUAACAGAUAGUAAAUAUGUAAUUAAUGCAUAUGAAAAAUGGAUAAAUAAAUGGGAAAAAAAUGGUUGGAUGACAUCUUGUAAUACAUCUGUAAAAAACAAAGAUUUGUUCAUUAGAUUGAAAAGAUUAAUAGAAAAUCGUAUUAAAACUGUAAAAUUAGUUCAUGUACGUGGACAUCAAGGGAAUUAUGGUAAUGAACAAGUUGAUAAAUUAGCAAAACAAGAAUCAUUAAAGGAAUAUGUAAAAGAAAUAGAAAAAAAAA